CAAUGCAUUGCCUAGUAACCUAAACCCAAUAGCUUAUAUAAUGUAGUAGGGGGGGAAAAAAAUCAUCUGAAGUUUGCAACUUGUCUUGUUAUGAGAGCAACGUGUUUUACGUCACUUUAAAGUGAUAUAACAAAAGCAAACAUCAUCAUCAUCAUCAUCAUAACGAGACAACAGAUCAAUAAACCGAACGUGAAAAUAGUUCAGGGAUUAUUUUUGCGCAACUCGAAAUGGCCAAAAAAAAAAAAAUGCAUCCAUGUCUAGAGUUCUAACUGGAGAUUUCGACAUGUAGAGAUGUACAGUUCUAACCGCGACUCGAUGACACCGCUGAUCUCUACGCUCGUUUGGCCGCGGUGUGACGCGUGAGCUCGCGCGCAGAGGCAACGCUUAUAGAUAUGACGAGGCAGAAGAAGUCGCGCGCGGGUCCUCGUACUGAUUUUCGGGCUGUCUGGUUAAACGCGUUUGGAGUAUAAAGAACUGCGUCACUGUCCUGAUUGUGCUGGAUGGACGAAGAUCUGAGCGCUGCGCUCGGACCGAACUGCGCGAUAAACGUUUGAGGAAAAGUUUGUAGUUUUUAGUUUCUAGAAAUAAUCUCCAGUUGAUAUAUCAGUUAAUAAAUAACGGAGUGGCGAGAUUAUUACUGUGUGCGUGCGCGCGUGAGAGAGAGAGAGAAAGUUCUGCUGUGUUUGUAUGUGUGUGUGUGUGUGUGUGUGUGUGUGUUGUUCAGUCCAAUUGUCGUAUGCAAAAAUAAUAAUAAUAAUAAUACAAAUAAUUUUUUCAAUAAAAAAGUCGCGUACCCCCCCCCCCCCCCCCCACCGAGCUGUGUGUACUAUAGAGUUUUAAAAGCGCGUGCUUGUGUGCAUGCAGAGACUUUUCAGAAAAUGUUUUGGUUUUUUUUUUCUCCUAUGGCUUUGGACGGCACUUUUUUUUCUUCUUCUUCUUCUUCUUCUUCAUGCAGCAGCUGUUUUAAACCCAUGUGGAUAGACUGAGCUCAUGCACGCCACUGUUGCGCAAAAAGAAAAAGAAAAACGUGGGUUGUGUUUUUAUUUUUUUGUAAAAUUUUUUUUUUUUUUUUUUUUUUGCGCGCGCGCGCUCGUGCGUUUUGUUGCGCUCACGAUGAACGGCGUUAGAGUCUCGGAUAGAAGUCUGAUCGCGCUUUAAAAGCUUAUUUGUGUCUAGAUCGAGCAUGAAGUCUUCAGUCGUGCCUUUGUUUGGAGCAGUGGUGGAGUUAAAUUGUUUAUCAAAUGAUCCAGGCAUGGAGUCCAAAAGAUACCAAAGUAUUUACAAAGGUACAGACAGAGACAACAGAUGGGCCCAGAUGCCAGGAUCUAUGGAGCAGUGCUGCACGACAGAGGAGGAGAGAGCGCUGAUGAACAGUGAUGUCCUGAUGGACAUUGUAAAUGCGAGUAGUGCAUCCAGUGUCCCGGCACCAAAGUGCGAGGAAAGUGGAGGAAAGAAGGCUGAGAUGCCAAUGCCCCAGCUCACUCCUGAUCAGCAGCUCCGCUUCGCUGCAUAUAACAGCUCCCUCCACGGCCGCAAGCCAGAAGACUCUAAAGAGCUCUCCAAAACUGUUGCUGAGUCUAUGGGAUUGUAUAUGAAUGCUGCCAGGGAGGCUGAGUUUGCCUUUGGCCAGCAGGGACCACCUGCCAGAUGCCAGGGCAGCCCCAUAAAACUGUACCAUUUGUGUGGCAGAGGGAUUGAGGUCAAUCAGUCAGGGACUACUAGGAGCCCCAACACGAAAGCUCCUCCAACAUCAUUCCCACCCAUGUCCCAGUUACCAAAUGGUAGUCUUGGUGAGUGUGGUGUAGGCGCUGUGCAAACACCUUCCGCCUUGGCCACAGUUCUGUCUAGCCCUGCUGAAGACUCCAGCAGCAUUUCCAGCCCAAGUGGAAACAACAUUGUGACUUCUACCACCAGUCCCACCUACUUUGGCACUAGCCACCCUUCCCUAGGCAGUCCAUCCAGUCUGGGUCCAGUUGGUUCAAGCCUGGUACCGACUCACCGUGUCAUCUCAAGCACUUGUAGCCCAGCAGAGUCCAGCACUAUGGGUACUCCACCACUAGCAAGUCCCUUUAACGUCAAGUCACCCAUCUCAAGCCCCCAGAGCAUGGGAAGCGUGAGGACACCGCCGUCCUGCAGCACCAACAUGAGGUCAUCUGUGUCCAGUCCAACAGGAAGCGGUGGCAACUUGAGGCCUUCUGGGUCUAGUCCACCCACAAUUGGUUCCAUGGCCAUGUCCAGUCCCAGGAACCCCUCCAGGACCUUUUCUGUGUCAAGCCCUCCCAGCAGCCUCGGCUUGGUUCAGAAUGACAUGCACAGCCCCGAUGGCCAAGAGCAUGACUUUAAAGGCUUCAAGUUCCCCAAAGUAGAAAACUUGGAUGGUGAAAUAUUCAAUGUUGGCCUGGACUCCAUGGGGAUGGUCAAGUACAUCAAAAAUGAGCCAGACACUGAUUACAGGAGUAUGUGUCUGGGUAACAGCAAUGACAAUGUGCAACCUUCCCCAUUUCCAUCUCAUAUUAAGACUGAGCCCAACAGGGAAGCGACUUGCACGAAUGCACACUAUGGGGAACCACAGCAGCCCAUGGGACUCUUCCCAGCUUCAGAGACGACAUACUUAUCCUUGAGGGAUAAUAUUGAUGAAUACAGUCUCUCUGGGAUCCUGGGACCUCCCAUUUCUUCUUUUAAUGGCAACUAUGAGUUUGGUGUGUUUCCAAACAAUGACAUGCCCAAGGGGAUUAAACAGGAGACCAAUGACGGCAGCUAUUACCAAGAGAAUAAUAAUGUGCCCACAUCAGCUAUUGUUGGUGUUAAUUCAGGUGGACAUUCAUUUCAUUACCAGAUCGGAGCGCAAGGAACAAUGUCGUUUUCGCGGCAUGACAUGCGGGACCAGACAAACUCCUUGUUGAAUCUAAUUUCUCCAGUUACAGCACUAAUGGAGACAUGGAAAACACGCCCAGGCCUGUCUCAGGCUCAACUGUCUGCCUGCGGGGAGGGCUACCCAGCCCCAGGCUGCAUCUCUGACACCAUGACAAGCGCUCCUCUGAGACACUCAUCCUCGACGGCUAAAGUGUGUUUGGUGUGCGGGGACGAGGCGUCCGGGUGCCACUACGGCGUCGUCACCUGCGGGAGCUGCAAAGUCUUCUUCAAGAGAGCUGUGGAAGGUCAGCACAACUACCUGUGCGCUGGAAGGAACGACUGCAUCAUCGACAAAAUCCGACGGAAGAACUGUCCGGCUUGCCGAGUACGAAAGUGUCUGCAGGCAGGGAUGAAUCUCGGAGCACGGAAGUCGAAGAAGCUGGGCAAGCUGAAGAGCGUGAGCGAGGACUCAUCUCUUCAGAACUCGGAGAAGGAGCUGAGCUCGAACAUGGCUCUGGUUCCUCACGGUGCCUCCGUGGCCCCCUUCCUCUCGCCGUCUGUGUGCAGCGUGCUGGAGCUCAUCGAGCCUGAGGUGGUGUUUGCAGGUUAUGAUAACACUCAGCCUGACACCACCGAUCACCUUCUCACCAGCCUCAACAAACUUGCUGGAAAGCAGAUGGUGCGUGUUGUGAAGUGGGCCAAAGUACUUCCAGGUUUCCGAACGUUGCCCAUCGAGGACCAGAUCACGCUGAUCCAGUACUCGUGGAUGUGUCUGUCCUCGUUCUCGCUCAGCUGGAGAUCCUACAAACACACCAAUGCCCAGAUGCUCUACUUCGCCCCGGACCUCGUCUUCAACGAGGAACGCAUGCACCAGUCGGCCAUGUACGAUCUGUGUGUGAGCAUGAAGCAGGUCAGUCAGGAAUUUGUCCGUCUCCAGCUCACCUACGAGGAGUUUCUGGCCAUGAAAGUCCUGCUGCUUCUCAGCACGGUGCCCAAGGAUGGUCUGAAGAACCAGGCUGCGUUUGAGGAGAUGAGGGUGAACUACAUCAAGGAGCUUCGGCGUUCCGUUGGCAAAGCAACAAACAACUCGGGACAGACGUGGCAGCGCUUCUUCCAGCUCACCAAGCUACUGGAUGUCAUGCAUGAUCUGGUGGGAAACUUGCUGGACUUCUGCUUCUACACCUUCCGCGAGUCUCAGGCUCUGAAGGUGGAGUUUCCCGAGAUGCUGGUGGAGAUCAUCAGUGACCAGAUACCAAAGGUGGAGUCGGGCCUCACACACAUCCUUUACUUUCACAAGAAGUGACUGGAGAUGACGAAAAACGAAACAAAACACCACCAAGCGAUGAAGAGACGAAGGAACGAAUGAGAAGCAGAAGAGAGGACAGCAAAACUCUCAGAAAGAAAGGGAGAAAGAAAGAGAAGGCCACGUAGGCCAGACCAGCUUGCUAUGCACAACGUCAGGCACUAGCGGAGGCUCAGAUGUACGUACGCCAACCUAAAUCCCCCGUGCAGGGACAGACGGAGAGAGAGUCGAGUUGUCUGUAGCCAGCCAGUGAACUUUAGAGUUCAUUUCUCCUUGUCCCCCAAAGACAAUGCUGACUAUCUAUGGAUAUGAAGCCAUAUGUUUCUUUGGUAAAGCUGUAGUGCACAGGUACAAGUGUAUAAAUAAUACUAAAACACAGAUGUAUACGGAGACACGGUAACGUCCUCGCCUCUACACUCUACAUACAACCUGCAAUGAAAUACUGAGGCAUUUAUAUUAUUUAACUCAUCUCAACACUACACAUACUUACUCUUUGGAUUUACAAUUUACAGAAAAAAAAAAUCUUUAAAAAAAAACAACAACAAAAAAAAAAACUGUCUAUAGUAUAUUUCUGUAGCAACUGUAUCACCAUUAACAGGUUUUAUUUAGUUUUUUUUUGUUUGUUUUUUUGUUUGUUUGUUUUUUUUUUUGGACAAAAAAAAAAGAGGCGAAAGCUCCAUUUUCCAAGGGCUACACUACGUAAAAUCUGAAAAGUGUGUCUAAUUGGUGUGUAUCAAACCACAACGCAGCGUGCACUGGCUUUUACCCUCGUUUAAAUGAACAGAACAAUCAAAGCUGAACUGAUAUGCAAGCCCUUCUUAUUUUCAAAAACGAAACUAACGAGAAUGUUUUUGUAGUCUUUGGGUACAGAUGAGGGACGAAGUAAUUACAUCCCUAGCGUAGCGCUUUGAAAAAAAAAAAAAAAAAAGAACUGACUAAUGUGAUGAAUGGGGAAGAAAAAAAAAAAAGAAAUGAAAAGAAAAGAAAAAAAAAAGCACAGAAGGCCUUUGUUUUUAUGAUCUUGAGGUAAACGAGAUGCUCACUUCACCGCUCUGGGAACCGAGUUUCUAUUUCACUUCACAGACGACGCGAAUGCUGAACGAUCCGUGAGACCAUCCGAGCAGAAUCGAGUCGUGUUUAGCCGACUACGUUGUUGAGAUUUAUUUAUUUACUCGUUUUUAAAAUACACUUUUGAAAUCUCUUCAUCAGCCAUUCUUUUAUUCUCUGUACAAUCUUUUGCUCCAGAUAUCUCCAAAAGGCUGUCUCGUGGCAAGCCAGACAGAAAGACUAUUAGGGGGGGAAAUGUGCAUCUCCAGUAAAAUAGACUGAACAUUUUAUAAUGUGCUCCUUCGGAGUAUAAUCAGUCCCUCCAGGAGUUUUGUGAUCGCGGGAAUUACGGCGAAAUCGUCCGAACGGCACUAUAUUCGGAGGAUCUUGCAAUUUUUUUUCAAAAUUACUGCAGAUUUUCUGCAGAUUUGAGCCCAGACGCGUCAAAAAUGCAGCAAAACCCUGUACAGACAGUGAAAUGAAUCUCUUAUCCACUGUCUUAUCCACUCUGUAGUGUGUCUGUGAUUACCAAAGACAGGAAUGUCAAUGGUGAAUGAAUAAAUGAAUAAAUUAAGGUUAGUCAAGACUCACUCGUGAUGGAAGUCUAAAGGCUGUUGUUGUGGCGUUAAUUAGCUUUAAAGUUUAUGAAAAACAUAUAUUUGUAGAACACUUCCAGAAUUUUUUCCCCCCCUCAAGCCUCAAGUCACUGAAUCAUUUGUUCUUUUCUUUGGGGAGAGAUUAGUUUUACUUCAAGAGUCAGCGGUUUUCACGCUGCUGUAUACGAAUACCGCAGAACCUUUUUGGGAACGCGAACGUAACACAAAUAACGUUGUAAUAUUUCGCUCCGAUAUCGGAAAGGUGUGGGGGGGUUGGGGCGUGGGGGGACUACACCCAAACCCCAAUAAGUGGAAAAUAAUGCUUUAAGGGAAACUGUAUCUCUACUAAAUUUACCUAAAGCACAAGACUAUUUCCUGUUAUUUUCAACUGUAUUGCGCUCCAAACACAACCAACACCCCUAAAAACUCUCCAUGCCUUACUACAAUUAUUCUCGAUUUUUAUUUUUAAAUUUUAUUUUUUAAAAAAUAUUAUAUGAUACAAUUACUGGUACUUAUUUAACAGAACUGCUGAAUUUUUUUUAAUUUACAGGAGUGAAAAAAAAAAACAGAAACCAUCACAGAAAUUCUAAUGGUUUCCACUACAAAUACCAUUACAAACCAUCAGCUGUUAACUAUUAAAACCAUUACCAUUAUUGGUCCUUAACGGUAUCCACUAGACAUAACAUGCCGCCAAUAGAAGGCAACAGAUUACCAGUAGAGACCCACAGGGAGCGUUACAGAUUCCAUUAAAACCAAUACAAUUCCCCUUAUAACCAUUAAAACCAUUACAAAUUCUAUGAGGGUUUCUAUUGUUUUGUUUGGUUCUUCAGCAGGGAGGUAAUCACAUAUAUGCUACAGAUUUUUAAAAAAAAACAACAACAACAACAACAUUUCGUAUAAUUCGCUGACGAAAAAGAAAUUGAUCAGUGAUUGGCUCUGCGUAAUCGAUGUGACGUAAGCCCCGCCCACCAUUUUCAGCGCCCAAUCAGAACGACCAGAGUGGUUUUUUUUUGUUUUUUUUUAAACCAUAUAUCAUAAUCUAUUCACAAUACAGAUAGCUAUUAAACCAGCUCCCUUACAAUUAAAUGAACAGUUUUUUAGGUUAACAACAACAACAACAACAACAACAACAACAAUACAUAAAAGAAGCAUUACAUGUGUGUACUUACAUUAAAAAAAAACAAAAGUCUCCUUGGUUCUAACACGGUGCUUUUAUUAUUCAAUAAAAACACUAGGUGUAAGAUUCUCAGUAGCUGCACAUGUUCACUUUGCUUUAGAAGAAGACGAACAGCUCAUUUCACACGCAUACAGUACAGCUUGCAUACGGUAAACACUAGCAUCACUAAACGGCACUACAAGCUACAUUAGCCUCCGGCUCCGGGCGUAUACACACGUAACCCGGUCACACUGCAGAAAUAAUGUUGCACAUACAGUAUACUCCUAUUUUCCACAUUUACGUUGCUGUACAGAGGACGAGUCCUUUCAUAUCCGCUUAUAAUUAGUCCUCUUGGGUCUUGGGGGAAAUCCUACUGUUUAAUGCUUAAUAAAACUGUGGAGGUGAAACAGUGAUGCUACUGAUGGAAGUGAGAGGAAGAAGAAGAAGAAGAAAAUAAAUAAAAGCUUGAGUUUGUUCUGUAAUGCUGUAAUGUAAGAUAGCGUAAGACAGAGGAGACGGAUGGCGUUCCCAACCGGAUUUACACAAACAGCUCUACAGAUAUCACUGAAAUACACACCGAUGCUAAUAUUAAUGAUGAUGAUGAUUAUUCAUUCCUUAGUAAAAUCAUUGUUGUUUAUUAUUAUUAUUAUUAUUACGUGUGUUUUUUCAGCGAUAUAUUUGGAGACAUGUUUGAGUGGCUCGUCUCCUUCUGUGCCUCUGAUUUGCACAGCAGAGAUAAUGUGACGUCCGAGAGGAUCGGUGUGUGUCCAGUUUGUUUAAGUCACAUGACUUGUGGGGAGGGUGAGAUGGGAUAAGGCACUUUUCUUCACAUUGCCCUGUGUGUGUGUGUGUGUGUGUGUGUGUGUGUGUUACAUUGUUAGUUUACAUGCUCAUUGUUGAAGUGUAUAAUGAUGAUAAAGUGGGAAUAUAGAGAAGCCCGGACGUUUCUUUAGACCCAGUCAGUCCCGUGUCGCUUUAACGUGUACAUACACUGCUACUGCGCUGAUGAACGUAAGAAAGCGUGUAAAGGACCUGAAAAUAAGUUGUCAAAUAUUUUCUCCUUUUCUUUUCUCCUUUGUUUUGUUUUGUUUUGUUUUUUUUUUAAAAAAAAAAAAAAAACAACAACAACAACAAAAAACAAAAAAACAACAACGUUUGCUCCCUGUUUUUUUUUUUUCUGAUUUCUUUUUUUUAUAUAUAUAUAUAUAUAUAUAUAAGUACAUAAAUAUAUAUGAAUAUAUGUAAAUGAGAAUAAAUGUUGAAAGGUUCAUGGGAUGUAUGGCAAAGUAUUUUUGAGAGAAAUCUAUUUUGCUGGUUUUAAAAAAAAAAAAAGAAAAAAAGAAAAAGAAAAGAAAAUAGUACUUUGUCUACGAAGACUAUACGAGAUCUUUUUUUUUUUUUUUUUUUUUGUAAAGUGAAUUGUUUAUGCAUGCUUUUUGAAGACGUUUACAGUGUAUUUAAGAAGGGAAACUGUGCCUUUUUAAUCUUGCGUGAGUUACCAUUUUACAGUAUCUAUCUAUUGUAAAUAAAUCAGUGCGUUAUUAUGUUGCUUUGUAUGGAACAUUUCUACUUUAACCAUUUGUUGGGUGUUGGGAAAAAAAAAAAAAAUGUUAGUGACCCCUUUUCAUUUUGAAUUUUUAUGUUGUCGCCCGUUGUGUGUGUGUGUGUGUGUGUGUGUGUGGAUGAAUUCAGCUCAGUACCCCUGUAAGUAUGAGUGAUAUGAAUGUACUGUAUGUACGUGUGAGCUACUUUUACGAUCUGAAUGUGAGAUUGAGUAACCUUCCUCCUCCCCCCCCCCCCGCUGUUUUUCUUCCCUUUGCUUUGCUAUGUGAAGGGAUUCGAACCCGGUGCUGGUGCGUACAGCACGCCAAAUUAAAGAAAUAACAAUCGCCAAACAUGAUGCCAAACUACGUCAUGCUUUCGGUUGCCGCAAAUCACUCUGUCAUCCAGCGUUCAUCCGUUUUAGAACAACCACAUGCUUAGUAAUGCUUCCUCGAAUUUAGAUUAGGUCAGAAAGAAAGAAAAAGAAAGAAAGAAAGAAAAAGGAAAUACACACGUUGUGAGAUUGUAGAAAUCCUCGCGUUGUCUGUUCACACCACAGGAAAGCAUUUAAAGACUUAAAGACAAGGGAGUUAAGAUACAGAAUAUAAAAUUAAAACAGAGCGACAGAGAUGAAUUACGACAACCUCAAGAGAUGAAAUUCCGUCGUGGUGCUGACAACACACACACACACACACACACACACACACACACACACACACACUCAUACUGUUUGGGACUCAGAACCAUCCAGAAUGUUAUGAUCUUUCUUCUGUUUCAUUUGAGAUUUUUCUUCAUCUCGCACAGAGGUAGCGCUUAACUGUUUUGUAUAUUUUUCUCUCUUUUUUUUUUGACUAUAAUAUUGAUACUAUGCAUUUGUAUAAAGGCAUUUCCGCGUCUUUCUGCGACGUAAGGGCAACGUGUGUUUCCUGUCUCAGACCACCAUGUUAAACACACACAGCUUCUUCUUCUUCUUCUUCUUCUUCUUCUUCUUCUUCUUCUUCUUCAUGUCUCUGUGCAGGACUGUUAAUGAAGAACAGUCAAAAAGCUCCCUUUUUUUAUUUAUUUAUAUAAUUUUUUUUUGUCCAGUGUGUCAGAUGUUAAUUUUGGGGAAAAAAAAAAAAACUAAUGCUGGAUGAUGAGUCCAGCUCCUAGAGACAAAGCCAUAUCUCCUCCUCCUCCUCCUCCUCCUCCUCCUGUUUGAGAUGAAAACCCAUUUCCUGUUCAUAUUGGACUUUCUUUUUUUCUGACAGACUUUUUAAUUCUAAUACUUUGUACACUACCGGUUAGCGAAACUCACUCGACCGUACGGAAAUAUUCAACAUCAGCAAACGACAGAUGCAACUAGUUCCUCUAAACUGUAUAUCUUGAUUCAGAUAUUGCCAUAACUGUGUUUGGAGAAAUAUUGAGGGAUUCCAAUAAAUCCACUAACACCUG